UGCCUUGGCCCGGGGGCAUUAUUUCAAUAUUGUGUCUGGCGAUGAACGUGUUAAAAGUAAGCCCCAUUAUGGUUGUGAUAGACGGAUCCAGCUGCAGUGAACGUGUUAAAACGACUGUCAGUCAGUAUUCAAAUUUAAUAUGACGAUCCUGAAGUUAGGCAGAAAAUAUAAAAAUACUCUAGUUAUGAGUUAUCCUUAGACAAGGAAAGAAGAAGAGUGAUCCAUUGAUUGAGGUUAUGUUAUAUUUGACAGACUAAAGAAUAAUAUAAAAGUGUUUAAAGUUUAAUUUAUUUUAGUUGAUUGAUAUAAUGUUUUGAAUAUAUGACGGGAAGCAUUUUAUAAGAGCUUUUCAAGAAUUUCAACAAUAAAAUCGAAGAUAAAACAUCAGUUCUUAGGAAACAAUGGCUAUUAACGAAGGAAUGAAAAUUGAAUAGCCUGAGAAUUGACAGGCAGAGAUUGAUCCUAAUCAAGUGUUGCUAAGAAGUGCUAAAAAGUGAUGAGCUCGACAUCUAAUUGUGAAGAUCAAACCAACCAAGAUGCAGCCAGUGAUUUGUCCGAUGAAUCAAAAAGGAUAAAUUUAGAUCUAUGGGAGGAGUCCCUGUCUCCGGAGAAUGAUGAUGUCUUGCCAGAAGUGUUGAAGUUCUCAGAAUUGUAUGAAGAAGACAAUAGCCGCGACAGUCAUGUAGUAAAUGAGGUAUUUAUGUCUGAUGUACCUAGUGAUGAACUAAGUAUCCUAGCAAGCAAUGCCGAUAAAGACAGUUUGCCAAAAACCAAAGAAAAUGAGCAAGAUGUAGAAAACGUUGAAGUAGACAAAUGUGAAAAUGGUGAGGCAUUCACUAGUGAUUAUGAGCGAGAUGUAGAAAACAUAGAAGUAGAAAAACGAGAAAAGAGUGAGGGAUUCGCCAGUAAGUACAAGACAGAUGUAGAAAAUGUAGAAGUAGAUAAACAUGAAAAGAGUGAGGCAUUUGCCAGUGAGAAUAAUCCUUUCAAAUCUAACACAGAUAGCAAAAAACUGUUUACUCCUGGAAAUAACUGGGCAGUUCCUGGUGAGUACAACCCCUUUAACACUACUGCAGAUCGUUCCUUAAAAGAAAGGAAUCAAUUAAAUUGUGACACCGUUAGAAAAAAAUUCGCUGUUAGUAGUAGAAGUCAAUUGAUAGACUAUGGAGAAAUAAAACUACGGUUUGAUCCCACUGAAAUAAAUCCUUUUGCCAAUAAAAAUAGUCAAUGUAGUGAAGAUACCUCCAGAAACAAUUCCGUUGUUCGUGAGAGGAGUCAAUUGAUAGACUACGGAGAAAUAAAACUACGGUUCAUUCCCUCUGAAAUAAAUCCUUUUCAAUGCAUUAUGGACCAAUUGCAUUAUGGAUCCCAAGGAAGAAGCCCUUUAACAAGUGGAAAACGUCAGUUGCAUGGUGAAACCAAAGAAAGAAGACCUUUCAUUACUGAAAAAAAUCAAUUGCGUCCUGAAUUCCAUGAAGACAACCGUUUGGGAAGUAAAAAAAGUCGCUUUUCAAGUGAAACCGAAAGAAGCUCUUUUGGGGAAAGCCAAAGAAGAGGACCUUUCAGCACUGAAAAGAAUCAAUAUAGUCCUAAAUUCGAUGAAGACAAACGUUUGGGAAGUAAUGGAAGUCGUUUUUUAAGUGAAACUGGGAAAAGCACUUUUAGCAGUGAUAAAAUUGAAUUUCGGCAAGAAUUAAAUGUAUUUAAGAGUGUCAUGAAUCGCCCAGAAAUGCGUUGUGACGAAGAGGACACCGAUAGAACGACAUUGAUUGUUCCUGAAGGAUAUCCAAGGAAAAAAUUCACUAGAUUAGAAGUUACAGUUUUAAAGGCGUUGCUACAGAAUCACGUUGCACAUAUUACUCAGGAGGGUGCCGUGGGGCUAACGCUUGUACGCACUAAAAUCCAAAACGGAACAUGUUUGGUGCUAUGUAAAGACCGGUACACGAAACAGUGGCUAGAUAAUCUAGUCCCGCAGUUAAAGCGAUAUAAUGGAGAGCCAAUGAGAACUUGGACAGUUGAAGGAAAUUUGAAGGAAUCUCGUACCACGAUAAACAAGGGUAAUUUAGUUAGAGCUAAGAUUUGGUUUCCUCGUUCAUGUAUGAUGCCAGCAGCUGUUGUUCUUCUACAAAUAGCAGCUUUAAAUCCUGGUAUAGAGACAAAUCAUUGGAAUAUACUCAACAAGACUCCAAAGUAUAUACGCUUAGCAAUAACUCAGAAAGACGUUGUUUGUCUUAAGAAGUACAACAUGCAAGUGCGAGCUGCUGAAGGCCUGUUGAAAAUAGAAUUAUACCAAUAAUAAUUGUUCAAAUAAAAUGGCAGCUACCAUUUUCAACGUAUCUAUAUAUAAGGAAACAGAUAAGUAAUUCUAAUGGAUGUUCUUCAAGACAGAAAAGUUGGUUUUGUUUAUAUAAGAAUAAAAAUUGUAUUAUGUCCGUGACAUACUUAUAUUUCUAUAUAAAUAAAAAAUGUUAUUAUCGAAAA